UUUCAGAGUUCAGUGAGUAAAACGCGACGAAAGUAUAAGUUCAAUGACUAUUGGAAUAUGAUGAGUGAGCGAUGAAAUAUAACGUAUUAUAAUUUAGUGACUAUUUCGAAGUAUUUUAAAGUCCAAUAAUUUAUGAAAUAUGGUGAGAGUUAUUGAUGAAGUGUAAUAUGUUAAAAUUCAAUGACGAGUAAAGAAGAGUAAGGUACAAGUUCAGCGACCCAAGAAACGGUCAAACUCCCUAAUGUUACCCAAAACCCUAAUUUUGCCUCGUACUUCUUUGGCCUCUGCCUUUAAAUCCUACUCUCUCCCUCAAAUUUUAGUCUUCUCAAAACACUAAUCUUCAAGCCUCCGCCUCCGCUCUCAACCAUUUGUCGCCAUGACUGGAGAAGCUGUGAACCCAAAAGCAUAUCCACUGGCAGAUGCCCAGCUGACGAUCACUAUCAUGGACUUGGUUCAACAGGCUGCCAACUAUAAACAACUCAAAAAGGGUGCUAAUGAAGCAACUAAGACCCUGAAUAGAGGAAUUUCAGAAUUUGUCGUCAUGGCUGCAGACACUGAGCCCCUCGAGAUACUUCUUCACCUUCCACUUCUCGCCGAAGAUAAGAAUGUGCCCUAUGUUUUUGUUCCAUCAAAACAAGCUCUUGGUCGAGCAUGUGGAGUUACCAGGCCAGUUAUUGCUUGUUCUGUGACGAGCAAUGAGGGAAGCCAGUUGAGAACUCAAAUACUACAAUUGAAGGAUGCCAUUGAGAAGCUUUUGAUCUGAGUGUGAAAAGCCUUUUCCAGCAUGAUUGGCCUCUGGAUUGACCGAAGGCUUUGACUGAGUGUGUUAUCUUAUAGAGGGAUUAUCUAUAAUCACUUUUCCAUUUAGAUGCUUACCCUCGCAUUACAAUGGGGAAACUUCUUUGCUAUUAAAUCUACAUGUUUUGAGGAUUGUAACGUUCUUGAUCGAGUGAAGUUUAUAUUAUGCUCUGUGUUCUAUUCAAGUUCACAAUUUUCUUGAUAAGAAGCUCGGUAAAUGAGUUUUGAUAA